GCCGGAGACAGUAAGUGACUCCUGUUUUUUAACAGCCAGUAACAAGAGGUUCAUGGGAUUUUUCCCUGCUGGAGAUGAAUUUCAAGUUGCCAUGAAUGAGUCUCUCCCGUCGCUCUGCUCAAACACAGGCAGCACUCUUACCCAGAGACAGAGAGGGAGAGAGAGAGAGAGAGAGAGAGAGAGAGAGAGAGAGAGGGAGGGAGAGAGAGGGAGAGACGCCACUUACAGCAUACAGAAAGAGGGAGAGAAAGAGUUUGAGCGGAGAAAGCGUAAAGAGGCUGAGUGUGACGGCAGCGAUUGGGAGGAGGAGGUGGAGGAAGAAGGGGAGGACCAAGUGGCGGUGACAAGGGAGGCGGUGAAACCGAGAGGGGGGACGGGCCGAGAGCGAGAGAGGGGAGGGAGCAUCAGGCGGGGGGGGGAGGAAACAAGGGAAACUGAAGGGAGUCAGAAGUAAAGAGGAGAGCUGAAGGGAAAAACGGGGAAAAGGAGGAGACAGAUCAGCAAAUCAGCCCGAAAGAACUCCUCCCGGGGCUGCAGUGGUCCAAGCAGCUCACCAGCAGAAGAAAGCAAAGAAGAAGAAGAAGAAGAAGAAAGAGGAAUCUAAGAGCUUCUGCGGCCUCCCAGUGUCCUGCAGGAGAAAAUGGAUUCGGACUCCGGAGAGCAGAGUGACGGAGACCUGUCCACAGGACAGGAGAGCUUCAACUCUCGCUCCCUGGCCCUGCAGGCCCAGAAGAAGAUCCUCAGCAAGAUGGCGACCAUGGUGGUGGCCAACAUGUUGACGGACGACACCAGCAGCGAGAUCCUGGACGAGCUCUACAAGACGAGCCGGGAGUUCACCAAGAGCAAGAAGGAGGCCCACAAGAUCAUCAAGGACGUCAUCAAGAUCGCCCUGAAGAUCGGCAUCUUGUACCGCAACCACCAGUUCAGCCCCGAGGAGCUGGACACGGUGGAGCGCUUCAAGAAGAAGAUGAACCAGGCGGCCAUGACGGCGGUGUCCUUCUACGAGGUGGAGUACACCUUCGACAUGGGCAUCCUGUCGGAGCUGCUGCUGGAGUGCAGGGACCUGCUGCACGGCCUGGUCGAGCAGCACCUGACGCCGCGCUCGCACGCGCGCAUCGACCACGUUUUCAACCAUUUCGCCGGCGGCGAGUUCCUGGUGGAGCUGUACGGGGACAGGGAGGAGUACAGACUCUCGCUGAGGAAGAUCUGCAACGGCGUCAACAAACUGCUGGACGAGGGAACGCUUUAACCUCACACCGCCCGACCUCUCUCACCUCCUAUCUCCUUUCCUGCUCCCCGCGCGCUCACAUCCUCCUCCUUCCUUCCCCUCGCUCUGUUCCUUCUGCGUCCAUUUCCAUGCAUCUAGGCUGUAACAUGCUGCUGCUGCUGCUGCUUUGGUUCCAUGGGAGGAUUCUUUUUUUUUUUUUUU